AUGGUGUGCAUGCACAAGCUUAUAACACCCUCACCGGCAUCACCCCUCCAGGUGGAGACAUACCGGAUGGCUGCCCUGUGGGGGGAGGAGGACAUGAACCGGCGGGCCUACCCAGGCGACAAGUUCGACCCCAUGGGCCUUACUAAGGCCCGUCGCGACGGCGCGCCCCCAGGCCUGGGCGUGUGGGCAUCGUGGCUGGGCGGCCUGCCGGGCUGGCUGGCGGGCGGCUGGUGGUGGUCGCAGCGCGACAUGACGCGGCGCGAGCUGGAUAGCAUGAAGUCCAGGGAGCUGAGGAACGGGCGCCUGGCAAUGGUGUCGUUUGCUGGCGUGUGCCUGGCUGGCAUUGCGACCGGCAAGGGCCCCGUCACCUUGCUGCUGCAGCACGUGGCGGACCCGCUGCACAACACCAUACUGCAGACGCUGGGUGUUACGUGA